GACUGACAACUUAUGGGGCCCCCGGGCAAUAGGGGAUCACAUAUGUAAGAGGCUGGAUCAGGGGCGGACUGACAACUCAUGGGGCCCCCGAGCAAUAGGGGAUCAUGGGGCCCCUGUGUCCUUGCCCAAACUCAAAAAGCCUAUGAAAAAGGUACCAGAGGCAUCUCAUGGGGCCCCCUACUAACCCUGGGCCCUUGGGCAGUGCCCGAGUUUCCAAAUGGUCAGUCCGCCCCUAGGCUGGAUGAA